AUGCUUUCCCUCGUCGUCGCAGCACUGGCCUCUGUGGCUGCGGCCUCCCAAUGCGGUCUCAGGAAGUUUGAGAAUUUGGUGGCAUUCGGCGACAGUUACACCGACGAAAGCCGGCUCUCAUACUUUACCAACCACAACGGCACUGCUCCCCCAGCUGGCACUCUGCUGCCGCCGAGCAACUCGACCGCGAGCGGUGGUUAUGCAUGGGGUCGGAUCGCCGCCAACUUAACGGGAGCAAAGUACUAUGGCUACGCUGUCAGCGGCGCUACCUGCUCCAACAAGAUCAUAUCGCGAGACUAUGCAGCCAUCAGGCAACCUUUCCCUUCGGUCCUCGACUACGAGAUCCCGGCUUACAAGGCCGACACGGCGUUUAAGACCCUUUUCCGGAAUAGAGAGGCGGAUAACACCGUCUACGCACUAUGGAUCGGCACAAAUGACCUGGGAUACGGAGCUUUCCUCAGCGACACCAACGCCGCCGGGACGACGAUAUCCACCUACGUGGACUGCAUCUGGGCGGUGUUUGACAACAUCUACGAAACGGGCGGGCGCCACUUUGUCCUCCUAAACGUUGCGCCGCUGGAGCAGUCGCCGCUCUACGCCGCGACGGGUUCGGGGGGGUUCGGGGACAGUCAGUUCUGGACCAACAAGACGGCGUACAACACGACGGAGACGCAGUUCAAGAUGCUCGAGUACAGCACGAGCGUCAACACCAUGUUCGACUACGGCGCGCCCUUCCACCUGCUCGUCAAGAAGCGCUGGCCCGGCGCCACGUUUUCCCUCUUUGACGUCCACACAUUGCUGCGGGACAUUCACGCCGAACCCGCAAAGUACCUGUCCUCGCCCGCGAACGUGACGGCGCCGUACCGGACCUGUGAUCCGGUGACGAGAGAUUGCGUUGACUCGUCGGAGCCCAAGUCGAGCUUUUUGUGGUACGAUGAGUUGCAUCCUUCCGAACGCGCAGAUGAGAUUAUAGCUCGAAAUUUCAUCGACGUGGUGUACGGCAACUCGACGUACGGCACUACGUAUACGUCGUGA